AUGAAGCCCGUCUUAUGCUACGUAGUCGUUGCCAUUUUCUGUUUGACUUUUAUAGCUCAAAAUGUUUCAGCUUGUUGUCCACCGGAUAAAUUUGAAGGUUUUCGUUAUCAAAAAAUGGUUGAUAUCUCAAAUAACGAUCCUUACCCACAAGUAGGAAUUGAUGCAUUACGAUUUCAUUACGAUUUUGAAAAUGAAAAGACAUUGGAACAAUUCUAUUUCAACGGAAGAUUAGUGACUCAAAUAACCUUAUACCAAAAAGGAUUAAGGUAUAAUAUCCUCAAAGGAAAAUGUACAUUUUUUGAAAUUAGUUGGCCCCUUCGUCGACGUUGUCUACCAAAAAAUGCCCGAUUUAUUGGAUCGAUGUCGAUUGGUGAUCAGCUUAUGGACUACUAUGAAUCUGUUUAUGACAAAAAUUAUGCUGUUAUUGAAGAAAUCGUUACACAUAAGGAUUGCAUACCUAUAACUAAUAUCACUGUGAUGAAAAGUUUCGUUGACAGCAUGGCAGCAGUUACUCAACCAGGAGCAUUCGAUAUUCGAAUUUUCGCAAAUGUUACCGUUGGCAUCAAAGAUCCAACCAUAUUUGACCCACCUACUGAAUGUCAACGCGUAGUAUAUCCGGUCAUAACUUCACAGCAGUAA